AAAGAAGACUGACAAAACGUCUAGUAUUUUUCUCUUCCUCUCGAAACUAUAUAGAUUUUUGUGACGAGCCAUGAAAGAAUCAAAAUUGUUCGCCUUUUGCUGGUUCUGUUCCUUCUUUGGCCUGCUGGUGGCCUUCCCGGAGCAGGGAAAAUGGGACUUUCAGUUGAGUUCGGAAAUGCCGUACAUGCCUAUUCCGAAAUCGGUCUACGAGGGAUUCAAAAUCUACACUCAGAUCACUUGUGAACCAUACGAACAGUCGAAGGAAUCGGUUAAGCUAAAAAUCUCCUGGGCGCUGAUAGAGUACAAAUGCUGGGAGGAAUAUGUCAGAAUGUCGUACAACACGCAGUACGAGGCGUUCUUCAUGACGCCGAACCAAUCCAAGGUGGAGUCCGGUCUGAUCGAUGAGCACUGCACCCGGGGAGGACACAUUGUACUCCCGGAGCUGAAGCUGAAGGAACCCGGACAGAAGAUGAUCAGCAAAUCUCGGCGGGAGACUGGAAAGAAUGAACCGCAAUCGAUUUUCACCAUCACCAAAGAUGGACUGUAUAUUUUUAUCCUGAGGAUAGAUUCACAGGACAGCUUCGUGGCCAACGUUCAUGUGGAGAUGAAAAGCGAACAAGGAUAUCUGUCGGCGGUCGAUUGGCCAUUGUUACCGUUUUACGGAGCAAUGUGUCUGGUCUACGUCGUCCUGGGUAUCAUCUGGUUAGCCGUAUCCUUCCUCCAGUGGCGCGAUUUACUGCGCAUCCAGUUUUGGAUCGGUGGCGUCAUUCUCCUGGGCAUGUUGGAAAAGGCCAUGUUCUAUGGAGAAUAUCAGAGCAUCAACUCUACCGGGGUGUCGGUGAAAGGUAUGGUCCUACUGGCUGAGUGGGUUUCCUGCGGCAAACGAACGCUGGCGCGGAUGUUGGUGAUCAUUGUUUCGCUUGGGUUUGGUAUUGUUAAACCUAGACUGGGACCAAUGCUACAUCGUGUGGUUGGAACAGGAGCUCUGUAUUUAGUUCUGGCAUGUGUCGAAAGUUUCCUACGAAUAAUGCAUACGAAAAACGAUCAGUUGCUAGUUGCCAGUAUCCCCCUGGCAGUUCUGGAUUCAGCUAUUUGCUGGUGGAUCUUCACAUCACUUGUGCAAACCACGAGGACGCUACGGUUACGAAGAAACAUGGUCAAACUGUCUCUCUAUCGGCAUUUCACAAACACGCUCAUUUUUGCCGUGCUAGCUUCGGUGGUGUUUAUGCUGUAUUCCAUCAAAACUCACCGAUUUGCGGAAUGUCUCACCGACUGGAAGGAACUUUGGGUGGAUGAUGCCUUCUGGCAUGUUCUGUUCUCUACUCUGCUGCUGGUGAUCAUGAUCCUUUGGCGCCCAACGAACAACAACCAGCGGUACGCGUUCACUCCUCUGUUGGACAACCCCGAAGAUGAAGACGAUGAUGAAGAAGAGCAGUUCGUUUCGGACGCGUACGGUGUUAAGAUGCGCGGGGCGCGAAGUUCAUCUCCCAAACCGAAUGCCAAGAGCCCGACCACGGACGAGGACGACCUGAAGUGGGUCGAGGACAACAUCCCGGCGGCCAUUGCUGACGCGGCGCUUCCGGUGCUGGACUCCGACGAAGAGAUUGUCAACACCAAGUUCGAGGUAUCGAAGAUGCAGUAGAGCUGCCCAAGGCGAUUCCGAGAACGGGAAAUGCACUAGUCAAUGGAAAACGGUGCGACCGGGCGCCGUACCAUGUUUGGUUUCAUCUUCAUUUGGCGUUAUUGGCACUUUUGUAAGACUUAUAUCAUUUCCUUGCUUUCUCAUCGUUGAAUGAUCCGCUGGAGGAGUUCGUUCUAGUUCUUAAACUCGUGUUGAACAGCUGUGAAUGGCAUUUCUGAGGAGAACAGGGAUAAGCCAGAUUGGUAGUGCAAAGAAUGAGCAAAGCAAAACGAAAAUCAAACCUAUGACAUUAGGUUAUCUAUAGUGCGUGACAUGUAGAACACCAUCCUGUAUUUAAUUAGGAUAAGAAGAGCGUUAAGUGAUUGCAAUAACACAAGAUUUUAGUUGGGAAUGUUCAAGAACUGGACGGAUGCAGUACUAUGCAGUCCAAUCUUAAGCGAAAUGUUCCGUCGUAUAUUAUUUAGUUGUAGAUUUCCUUCCACUGGAAACGUUUUUUAAAAGCAGGCAUAGUUCAUCUCUCGACUGUGGAUCAAUAUAUUCCGUUAGAAAUACAAUAACAGAAGCAUGUAGCCUAAUUUAUUCGUCACUGAAUAUGAAAGUCUUAUGGAUUAUUCCUACUCCAAUACAAAGAACAGAGGGAUACAAUAGUACAGAAGUUUGCAUAAAAGUUACGUGUAGCUUAGUUGCGUAUGCAAAAAACUAAAUAUUACAUACUACUUUUGUAUAUAGUAUAGAUAUAUAUUCUUCUUUUGCAGAACCUUGGAAAUAGUAUGGUAAUCUUUGAAAUGAUACUGAGAACUGUAACAGGACCUAUUUGAUCUACAUUAAAGAACAAAACAUA